AUGGUACAUCAAAAGAUACACACAGGGCUGAAACCUUAUGAAUGUAAUGAAUGUAGGAAAAUGUUCUCCCAAAAAAGUCAUCCCUCUCAGUACAUUAGGCAGUACAUACUGGGGGAGAAACCAUAUGAAUGUAAUGAGUGUGGGAAAACUUUUCCCCAGAAAUUCCUUACAUUACAUCAGAAAACACACACAAGAGAUAAUAAACAAUACGAACACAUUCAGUGCAGGAAAACUUUUAACCAAAAAUCAGCUCUCAUUGAACAUCAUAGAACUCACACAGCAGAGAAACUUCAUAAAUGUAAUGAAUGUGGUAAAACUUUUAUAUCCCUUUUGCCUAACGAACAAGGGAGUCAGAAUCAAAACCCGACCCCAGAACAGGUCUCUCUGAGGUCCCUGACUGACUCCUACAGGGAAGACAUAGGGCUCUCUCAGCAACUGGAUCGCAAACUCUUACAGCAGUUGUUGCAGGAAUGUCCUGAGUGGGAACAACUACUGAAUCCAGCAUUCAAGACUCUUCUACAGAAUUUUCUAAAAUCCCAGCACCCAAAGAAUCCCCAGGAGAUACUUCUUGGCCUGAGAGAGCCACAGUCAGAAAUGAGAAGGCUGCUCCAAGCGCUGCUUCGACAGUUUCCUUCUUGGCAGCUGCUCUUAGAUCAGAGCCUCAAGAGGAUACUUCAGCAAUAUCGUUCAUCCCAGGGCCAGCAGCCUGGCCAAGGAGGACAGCAGGUGCUGCAGACACAUCAGCCCACGUCCCAACAAUGGCAGCAGCAGACCCAGCUACCACAGCCUGUGUUAGGAGGGCAGCAGGGGCAGAUGCUGCAGUCCUAUCUUCCCAUAUCCCAGCACUGGCAGCAGAAGCAGCAGCUGCCCCAGGGCCAACAGCCUGGCCAGGGAGGGCAGAAAGGGCAGAUGCUGCAGACCUACCAGCCCAUGUCCCAGCAGUGGCAGCAGAAGCAGCAGCAGCCCCAGGACCAGCAGUCUGGCCAGGGAAGGCAGCAGGGGCAGAUGCUGCAGGUUUAUCUGCCCACAUUCCAUUAUCAGCAGCAGCCCCAGGAUCAGAAGGCUAGCUGGGGAGGUCAGCCAGGGCAGAUGCCACAGAUUUGUCAGCCCAUGUCCCAGCAAUUGCAGCAGCAGCAGCCGCAGCCGCAGCCACUGCCACCACUCCCACUGCCUGGUCAGGGAGGGCAGCAGGGGAAAACGCCACGGCAGCAGAAGCAGCAGCAGCCCCAUGGCCAGCAGCCUGGCCAGGGAGGUCAGCAGGGUCAGAUGCUGCAAGUUUAUCUGCCCACAUUUCAGUAUCAGCAACAGCCCCAGGGGCAACAGCCUGGCCAGGGAAGGCAGCAGGGGCAGAUCCUGCAGUUCUAUUUGCCAACAUUCCAGUAUCAGCAGCAGCCUCAGGGGCAACAGCCUGGCCAGGGAGGGUUUCAGGGGCAGAUACUACAGGUCUAUCUGCCUGUGUUCCAGCAAUGGCAGCACCAGCCACCCCAGAGCCAGCAGCCUGGCUGGAGAAGGAACCAGGGGCAGAUGCUUCAGACCUAUCGACCUACAUUCCAAUAUCAGCAACAGCCCCAGGGCCAGCAGCCUGUCCAAGGAGGGCAACCGGGGCAGAUGAAUAAAAAGGUAAGAGUGUUGUUAAGAAUAUUUAACAGUGUUUACAAUACAAGCAUUCCUGACUGA